AAAAAACAUUUAUCGACUGGAUCACGCCUUGCUCUUCUCCCCCGCUUGACCGUCCUCACCCUCCGCCACAAUGGAAACCAUAGGAAUGGCGACGGAGGAUGCCGCAUCCGGCGGCCUCGAGUUCUUGGCAGAUCCCGUUGACAGGUUUCCGUUGCGGGAUCUCGGCAGCGGCGAGGCUGUGCUUGAUGCCGCAACCACCCAAACACUCGUGUGCGCAGCCGCGCAGUCGAGCGUCGACGGUACAGCUAGAUGGGGGCGCCAGCUGCGAAGGGGUCAGCUUGUCAGCACCAAGCUCGGAGCAGUCGGCCGGCAAAGACGAAAGCCAAGCCUCUGGCUGGGCAAAAUGGUAUUGAUAUUGGGACUUAUUAUGGAAAGCAAUAUUCACAUCAUUUUGCAAAAAAAGGACUGCGCAUGUAUCACGCUGCUGGCGGAAAAAACCGAAUUACGCUUGCAAUUUCAAAAGUUCACAAAACAGGGUGGUAGCAUACUGAUGCUCCAUGUGUGGGUGUUGCAGAGUACGUAUUGGCCGAGCCCCUCUUGAGCGUCCUCCAUGCGCGGACAGAAUAAGCGCACUUGAAAAAACGUUGAGAUGCUACGCAGAGAAGAAGAGAAUUGUAGUUCCUGCUGUCGGCGACAGCUUUGAUUCUCUCGGAGAAGCAUAUGACUACUACAAUCUGUAUUCCUGGGAAAUUGGUUUCGGACAGAGCCUUGAGAAUCAUGCAAGGUCCCAACCACCACAUUUGGUCCAUCUCCUAGAAAAAGAAGAAAUCACCGCACCUUUUAGAGUCUAAUCACAUUUUCUCCUGGACCAUCCAUCUACAAUAUUCAGCAAAUCAGUUGGUCCAUAUAUUUCA